GAAUACGGUACGGCUAUGGUUGGGGAAGAGAGUGGGAGUGGGAGAGCGGGGCAGUGCCGCGGCGCUGUUCUGGUGGCAGCGAUGGCGGACCUUGCUCAGGAUGUCGACGAUGAAGCCGGUGAGGAGACGCUGGUCUUCACCUUGCACCUCGACAAGCCUCUCAGCUCGCAGGUGGAGAAGGCAGCAUGGAAUCCAGACAAGGAUUUGCUCGCCAUGGUCACUCGAGACCAUCAAAUCAUUGUGCACCGAUUAAACUGGCAGCGACUUUGGGCGAUUUCUCCAGAAAUGACAGUUACUUCACUUUGCUGGCGUCCCGAUGGAAAGGCUUUGGCAGUCGGACACGAUGAUGGCAGCAUCGCAAUUCAUGACGUUGAGAAUGGUGAUGUAUUGCGACAGCAAACAACACACGAUGCGCCGGUCGAAUGCUUGUAUUGGGCUAUGGAGGGACAUCAAUCAGUGGGUCACGAAGAUGAUGUCUUCUGCUACGAAGAUCGAACCCCAAGAUUCUUUCCGUCACCUCCACAUGCUCCUCCUUUGCCUGGAACGGUCUCAUCUUUCGAUAUGUCUGGAGUAUUAGGUCAUGCUGCUGAAGACCAAACCUAUGCUAAUCGGAAGAAUGUGCUUCGAGCUAUUCAUGAACGACUUUAUAUUCUCUGCAGUGGAGAUCGAAAUGGCACCAUUUGCUUAAGUGCAUUUGGUGUUUUUCCUAUUGGAAAGUUGGACAUCAGGGACCUAUCUAUAAAUGGAAUGACAUCUGACUACAACAUCGUGGCAAAGCCAAUAUACCGACUUCUGGAUGCCUCAGUUCAACAGGUCGCUUUGUCAAAAGACCUCCGCAACAUGACAGUGAUUUGUAGUGGAGUCCAAUCGGUGGCGAGCUUGCAUGUUAUGGCAGGUGCUGAGUCUAGGGCAACUGGACUAUAUGCCAUUUCUAUUGACACUUCCCUUCUAGGAGAUAGGAGAAAGGAACUGCGUCAAGUGGCGCUUCAGGCUUCCAAGGUGGAAGAGUUGUUAGAAGUUGUUGAGGCCACCGUGAUGGUGAUGCGCAAGCAUUGGAGCGAUGCUAUUUCUUCAUUUGAAAACAAAUUUCGAACUUUUUCUACCUUGCUUACAGAGCAUGGUUCACAUGUGAAGCCUCGUGAUGAAUUUUUAAGUCUUCUUGCCUGUGGCUCCGCAAGUGCGGCGUUGCACCAAUUUCUUGCUGCUUCUUUGGGAGAAGCAGGACUGAAACGGCUGGCAAAGAGUAUUGAUACUGCUGGAAGGGAACUCCACAACCUCAUUGCAGAACAUUUGCAGCCAGCAGCUGAGCUCAUUUCUUUCAUAAUUGGUGAACUGCGAGGUCUCUCCCGAUGGAGGUCGCGUCUGCGUAGAAUUGGACUUCAUGAAACUCUCCUUGAACAAGCCAUGGAGAAUGCUGGCAUGCUCCUUAUUCAAGUUGAGCGCCUUUUGCGCAUUGUCUCUGACACGAAUGGCCAGUUUCGGCUCUUUUUCGUUUGGCUCACAAAGUCGUUGCGUCAAUUAAAUGGUGAUACUGGACCACAAGCUAGCCAGCUUCCGGCCAUUGACAGUGCAGGGGUUGCAGACUUUUUACGUACUCACUUUGAGAAGGAUCCAAUCGGCCCACACCUUGCACCCGCCUCGGAUGAACUUACUAUGGACGUCAACGUCGAGGAGCAGGCUAGGAUGGAGGAACUAGCGAUAAUGGGAGGAUUUGCAGAUACUAAGUUUUUAACCAGAACUUUAUCCUCCCAAGUUCAUCGGCUUCGAGCUAGCUGUCAGGAGGCAUUUCAAAUGCCAGUCAAAGAAGUGUCUCCUAAUCUUCGACCCCGGUGCAUGUUGUUGUUGUUGUCUCCUUUGCCGUCAUUACCACCACCUUCGACCGUACCACUUUCUCUCACCUACUUCGAGACCGAUUCAGGAAGCAAAAUGAAGGACAUCCUCCUUGAAGACUACAUUUGUUUACGAGUGCAGGAUGAUACAAAUUCAACUGAUCAGAGUUCUGUGAUAAUAUUGCGAAGCUUCGCAGUGUCGGGGCACUGCGCACCAGGAGGAAAAGGUUUAGAAGUGUUUGCGUUGCAAUUGGAGAAGACUCUGCACUGUAUUGACUUGGCUCUUUACAAGCAAAAGCAAGUUAUACUGUUAGUAAGCGAGAAGGAUCCGGAGGACACUGGGAAGAUCGUUCAAACAUACUUAAUGAUGCUCCAACUGGAGGACCUUGAAUUUGUGGCGUUGUCCUCUACCAGUACCCACAUGAGUCGUGUGUCCUUGUUGCAUUUGUGCUCCAAUCUUGGAGCAGUUACGGUUGUUGGUUUAAACAGUGGUAAAGUAAGGGCUAUUCAACAGGUUGAUGCAGUUCCUCCCUUGGCUGUUAGUGCUUCUCGGGGUCUGGCAUGUGUCUUUGCUGGGCAACGGCGUGCGCUGCUUUACGACCUGGAGGAGGACGAAGAGGACAAAGACGACGAUGAUAUGGAGUGAUGCUGGCUCUGAAGCUGCACUCAUAUUUGCACCUGGUUCAGAAUUCUCUUGAAACUCUCGAAGUCGUCUCUCAAUCUCAAAUCUGGGGUAUAUAACCAACUCACUUUGCAGUAGUUGGUCUGGUUUGACAAUCAUUUGAGGGCUUUUUCUGGUUGGCAGUUAACACUGUUCAAGCGUUUGCUCUUGGUUCUUUGUCUCCGAACGUUUUGAAUCACUGAAAUUGCUUUUUUCCUCGAAGAGUAUGUAAUUUCCCAACGCACAAUCAGUAUUAAAAUCAUGUUAACUUCAGAUUCCUGGAAGUGCUCCAAGAGUUUGGGAAUGCAUGAGUAGGGAAACACGGGGCUUUCCAAGGCUCUGUAGUUUGGAAGAGACCGUUCUCAAAAGCUUUUCCUUAUUCAAUGGCACAGAUUCCUGCUAGAAUAUAGAUAAAACAAUAGUGAUGUUUUGUGAUUCGUUUCUUCAAAAUCAUAAAGUUUUGUGCCAUAUAAUAGUUGUUUUAAA